AUGGACCUGCCAGAGAACCGGUCCGGUCAGGCAGCCGAUGCGGGACAGAACGCUCCGCCGGCCGCCGUGGACGUGGACGCCGCGGUGCUGCUGCUGGGAGCCGGGGUCACAGCCGCCACACACCCGCUGCUGUACGUGAAGCUGCUGAUCCAGGUGGGACAUGAACCUCUUCCUCCAACUGUGGGCAGGACCAUGUUUGGAAGGAAGGUUUUCUACCUGCCUGGCUUCUUCUCCUAUGCACAGCAUAUUGUGAAAGUGGACGGAACGCUGGGACUCUUCCGCGGCCUCUCGCCUCGUAUCUUGUCCAGUGCCAUCUCCACUGUGGUCCGGAGCAAAGUGAAGCAGGUCGAGCUUCUGUCCCAGAAAGAUGAACUGCAGACUUCACUCCAGAAAGUGGUCAAAGAGACAUCACAUGAGAUGAUCAUCCAGUGCCUGUCCAGAAUAGCCACCCAUCCUUUUCAUGUUAUGUCAGUGCGCUGUAUGGCCCAGUUUGUUGGCAGAGAGGUCAAGUAUGGGGGGAUAUUCAGCUGUAUUGUCAGGAUCUUUAAGGAGGAAGGAGUCACUGGAUUCUACGUGGGUUUCAUUCCUCACGUGCUGGGAGAGGUCCUCUUCCUGUGGUGCUGCAACCUCCUGGCUCACUUCAUCAACACCUACGCUGUAGAUGAAAGUUUCAGUCAGGCCUCAGCAGUGAGAAGCUAUACUAAGUUUGUGAUGGGCAUUGCGGUGAGCGUUCUCACGUAUCCGUUCAUGCUGGUGGCUGAUCUUAUGGCAAUCAACGACUGUGGUCUGGCUGUAGGUCUGCCUCCUUCCUUUCCCGUCUUUAAGUCCUGGCUGCACUGCUGGAAUCACCUGAGCCACAAGGGUCACCUCUUCAGAGGAUCCAGCUUCUUUUUCCGCCGGGUGCCUGUGACCUCAGUACCUUCCAUCGAGGACUAACAUCUCAACCAUCAUCACCUGCUGCUGAGUUCUUCCUCCUCCUGCUCAGAAUUGUUUUUCCAAAGAUAUCAGCCUUUUCCUUCCCCCCGUUCAGCCGGCUAUCCUCUGCUGCGGGUCAUCCAGAUGUAGCAGCAGCAGCGCGGCUCACGGAGCGCCAAAGGAGCCUCGGUUCGGCGCCGUUUGCUGAGGAUGGAUCUGCUUCUUUUCAGACUUCAGGGAUCAGUUCAGCUGUUUGAAUCAGUUCAGAAACUAUGGUGCAAUGCAGAGAUCCAACACACACUACAUUACAACUCUGAUCUCAUCUCCACAGCGGCAGCUUAAGCUUAAUAACACUUGAGUAAAAAA